CUUUUAAGAGGAUCACCUUUGGAAAAAGGCGAGCGAGUAGGUGUGCAGAGGUCCUUGCUGUCAGAAAUAUGAUCAUCUUCAAGCAUUCUGAUGCCAUGAUGGAAACUAACUGUUGGUGUCAUGUGCGUUGAUGAUGGCGGGGGCGGGGGCGGCGAUGCUGGAGGUUCUGUGCAGCCUGGCGGGCUGGUCGGGUCUCUACGCGUUGCUGUGCCGGAACUCGCCUCAGCGCGGGACCGAGUGGAACUGUCGACUCGUCACGCUGACGCACGGCGUCGCCAUCGUGAUGCUGACGGCGUACGUGGUCUUUGUGGACGGACCCUGGCCCCUCACACACGCAGGCAGUGAGAACACGGCUCUGCAGACGUCCGCGCUGUGCGUCUGCCUGGGUUACUUCCUGUUCGACAUGGCUUGGUGCGUACGCUUCGGCAGCGAAGGCGGAGUCAUGCUGGGCCACCACGCGGCCAGCAUCGUCGGCAUCCUGCUGGCGCUGCUGACGGGCGUGUCGGCGUGCGAGACGUGCGCCGUCAUCUUCGGCAGCGAGCUCACCAACCCUCUGCUGCAGGCCCGCUGGUUCCUGCGCCGGCUGGGCCGCUACGACAGCCUGUUGGGCGACGCCGUCGACCUGCUCUUCAUCUUCCUCUUCGCCACCGUGCGGGUGGGCGUGGGCGCCGCCAUGUUCUACUGCGAGCUGACCUCGCCUAGGACCACUGUGGUGAUGAAGCUGGGCGGCGUAGUUAUGUACGGGCUGGCGUGGGUCUUCAUGGUGGACAUCGCCAGGUUUGGAUACAAGAAAACUCGGAUGCGGUACAAACAGUGGCGGGAGAAGCGAAAAGAUUCCGAGGUGGACAGAUGUCAUUCCGACAAUAAGAACAAAUAA